UGGGUGAAGUACCGUUACCACCAUCAUCAUCAUCUUCAUCAUCACAGAGCCCCUCUGUGUGUUUACAGUGAGACUCUCCGCUUAACGGGGGACACGUUUUCUCGCUUUUGGUGGACAGUGGAUCUGCAGCCCUGUAUACUAAACAGGAGAACGAGCUCUUCAUCAUGAACUGCGACAUAGAUGGAGACAUGGAGAACCAGGUGGAGAUGGAAGAGAAGACGAGGUUAAUAAAUCAGGUCUUGGAACUCCAGCACACCCUGGAAGAUUUGUCAGCACGGGUGGACGCAGUCAAGGAGGAGAACCUGAAGUUAAAGUCUGAGAACCAGGUCCUCGGUCAGUACAUCGAGAACCUCAUGUCGGCCUCAAGCGUCUUCCAGACCACCGACACCAAGAGCAAAAGGAAAUGAGGCUCCCUCAGGAGAAGCCUGAAGUCCCAGGCCAGCAGCUGGGAGGUUAAACCCAGCUCAGAGACGUGGAGAGGGGUUUAUUUUCUCAGCAGACCUGGGGAGGAUUUCUGUAACCGUUUACACUCGCAUAUCUGAGUCAAAACUUAACAAUUAAAUCAAAAGCAUUAACUUUGUCACUCAGAAAUAACAGAUUAACAUAAUGUUAUUCUGGCCCCAGGUCUGUUUUGCAGCAGCUUCCUCUCCACGCUACAGACGAGGUAGACAUCACCCUUUAACCACUUAAACACUAAAACAUAACCAGGAUCUGUAAAUGAAAGUGGUGAGGGGGUCAUUUGUACCUCGAGUCUGUUCUUAACACUCUAAAGUCAAAGUAGAACCUGUUAAAUAACUUCUUAGCUCGUGUUUUACCCGCUUGGUUUACCAUUCGAGGACAACUCAGAUUUUCCUGUGGUUCUCCCCAAACCUCCUGACUCAGCGUUCCUGUCUCCCAACCACCUGAAGCGUAAACUGGGCCAAAACAACCCGAUAUUAUAGAAUAUUUAAAAUACUCAAACGAUGAACCUCAUUUUUUUUCAACACUGGUUUAUUAUUUAUUUUUUUUGUAAAGUAUUUUGUACGUCAGCUGGAUCUGAGUUGUUUUUUUUGGGUCUUGGAUGUCAUCAUGUGUCAAACAGCAUGACUGUAUCCCUUCACCUUUAAAGCUGGCAAACAGUAUUACUGAAGAUAAGAUUAAAAAAAUGUAUUUGAAUGUCUUUCUGUUGGACAGGUGUGCAUAUCUAAUGAGAUGUUAUUAAAUCAAUAAUCACUGACUUGCAUACUGUAUGAAGCUGCUGACAGCUUUUUUUUUUAAACAGUAGGUGGAUAUUAGAUGCUUAAAGGUACUGUUGAGAGCUCAGCAACAUAGAAGUAAAAGCACAGAGAACCUAAAAAAGUGUAUCGACUAGCAUGUCAUUAAAGUGUAAUUAACAUCAACAUCACAUUCUGUACUUAAAAGUAUUUGUAAUCAUUUAAAUAUAAGUCGUAAAUGAGCGUUGUGGCCCAAACCGUAAUUUAACACAAUGAGAAAGGAAGUGGUGGGGUCAUAAAUGGGGUUUAGAUCUUCCCUAGUUCAAUCACAGGACGACAAACGCAUCAUAUUACUGUUGGUGCUGUGAGGGGGGGAGGGGGCUUCAGGAGACAAACGAGGGGAGAAUUAGACGCUUUCCCCCCCUUUAACUGCAAGAACAAAAGCAGUUAAGAGCCCUUGAGUGCUA